GCCGGGCGAGCUGCGGCCGGGGCGGCGGCGGCGGGAUGACGAUGGCGUACUUCGCGGAGAGCUUCUGGGGGGAAAGGAACAAUGGCUUUGACGUUCUCUAUCAUAACAUGAAGCAUGGACAUUUGUCAACAAAAGAAUUAGCAGACUUUAUUAGAGAAAGGGCUACAAUAGAGGAAGCAUAUUCAAGAUCAAUGACAAAACUUGCCAAAUCAGCAAGCAAUUACACACAGCUAGGAACAUUUGCACCAGUUUGGGAUGUUUUCAAAACCUCAACAGAAAAACUAGCAAGCUGCCACUUGGAUCUUGUCCGGAGAUUACAAGAGCUAAUAAAAGAAGUUCACAAAUAUGGAGAUGAACAAAUUAAAGCUUAUAAAAAGACUAAGGAAGAAGUUUCAGGAACAUUGGAAGCAGUGCAAAACAUUCAAAGUAUAACUCAGGCAUUACAGAAGUCAAAGGAAAACUACAAUGCAAAAUGUCUUGAACAAGAACGUUUGAAAAAGGAAGGAGCAACACCAAGAGAAAUUGAUAAGGCAACAGUUAAAUCGAAGAAAGCUACAGAUACCUAUAAACUGUACGUGGAGAAAUAUGCUGCAGUUAAAUCUGAUUUUGAACAAAAAAUGACAGAAACUGCACAAAAGUUUCAAGAUAUUGAAGAAACACAUCUACUGCAUAUGAAAGAGAUUAUAGAAUCGUUGUCAAAUACCAUAAAGGAUAUUCAUUUACAAAUAGGAGAGGUACAUGAAGAAUUUAUAAAUAACAUGGCAAAUACUACAGUUGAGAGUUUAAUACAGAAAUUUGCUGAGUCAAAAGGAACUGGCAAGGAAAGACCAGGUCCUAUCGAAUUUGAGGAAUGUAAUACAUCCAGUGCAGUUGAAGGAAUAAAACCAAGGAAGAGGAAGCCUUUUGGUUUAUCAGGAAUAAUGAAAAAAGAAAAAGAUACUGAGUCUGUGGAGUGUCCAGAUGCAGACUCAGUUAACAUUCCUGAUGUAGAUGAUGAAGGAUACAGCAUUAAACCAGAAACAACACAGGAUAUCAAAGAGAACCAUUUCUAUUCAUCCAGUGAUUCUGACUCUGAAGAUGAUGAACCCAGGAGGUUCCAUAUAGAAAUAAAACCUGUACAGCCAAAUAAUAGUUCUCAAUACACUAUGCCUUCAUUGGAUGAAUUAAAAGUUUCUAUAGGGAACAUUGCUCUUUCUCCAGCAACAUCUCAGAGACACAGUCCUGCACAAAUGAAUCGAAAUUCAUCCAGUGAGGAGUUAACAAAAUCGAAGCUUUCGGCUCCAACAAAUGAAAAGGGGAACAGUGACCUUCUGGCAUGGGAUCCACUGUUUAGCAGUUCGCUCGAAUCUUCCUCUUCAGCCUCCUUGGCUUCCUCAUCCUCCUCAGCUACUCUAAGAGAGCACAGUAGGAAUUCCUCAUCUACCAGUAGCUUGCCUGGAUGUAGAACAUCUCGGUCUUUGCUUGGACUCCAGGCAGAUUCUGGGUCUGGAAGCCCAUCCUCACCAGACUUCAUAAUUAGCACUUUGUGCAAAUCUGGUGUAGAAGUACCAUCAGGGAGUAUCAGUACUUUAUCCUCUGUUUCAUGGUCUCAGAGUCAGUGGAUUUCCUUCGCUGAUGAACUUUUUACAAGUAGAGAAACAAGCACAGACAAGAAGGAGCAACAAAGAUUACAUUUUAAAACUGAAAAUGCCUGCCUUGCCUCUUCUGCUUUGCUUGGGAAUUCUUCCAACUGCUGUGCUUCUGAGGAUCAGAGUGACCUUUCAAAUAAUACUAUAUGCCAUGAACAAUUAUUCAUUGAAGAAACUGGCACUGCUGCAGAAAUUUCUUCCACAUCAUCUUCAGCACAUCUGGACUAUAGUUUAGUGUCUCCUUGUGUUCGUUCAAACAAGGCAAGACCCACAACUCCUCUUACUGUAGGCACCAUUGUACCCCCUCCAAGGCCUGCUUCAAGAACAAAAUUGUCUACAGGGAAACUUAGUGGAAUUAAUGAAAUACCUAGGCCAUUCAGCCCUCCACUGACCUCUAAUUCAAGUCCACCACCUGCAGCUCCCUUGGCACGUGCAGAGAGCAUCUCCUCAAUAUCCUCCUCUGCUUCCCUUAGUGCAGCAAAUACACCUACAGUUGGUGUUUCACGUGGUCCCAGCCCUGUCAGCCUUGGAAACCAGGACACCCUGCCUGUCGCUGUAGCCCUUACUGAAUCUGUUAACGCCUACUUUAAAGGAGCAGAUCCCACAAAAUGUAUUGUGAAGAUCACUGGUGAUAUGACAGUAUCAUUCCCAAGUGGGAUUAUUAAAGUCUUCACCAGCAACCCAUCUCCAGCUGUGCUCUGCUUCAGGGUAAAAAACACAAGCAAACUAGAGCAGAUUCUUCCAAAUGCACAACUUGUAUACAGUGAUCAGUCGCAAAGUGACUCCACUACGAGGGAUUUUUGGAUGAACAUGCAAGCUAUAACUCUCUACCUCAAGAAAUUAUCAGAGCAGAACCCAUCUGCAUCCUAUUAUAAUGUGGAUGUUUUAAAGUAUCAGGUAUCUUCAAAUGGCAUCCAGUCCACUCCCUUGAAUCUUGCAACUUACUGGAAAUGUAAUGCUAACACUACUGAUGUGAGAGUGGAUUAUAAAUACAAUCCAGAGUCUAUGAAUGUGCCCAGCAUGCUGUCUAAUGUACAGGUUGUGGUACCGGUAGAUGGAGGAGUAACCAACAUGCAAUCACUUCCACCUGCAAAAUGGAAUUCAGACCAGAUGAAAGCUUACUGGAAACUAUCUAGCAUUUCAGAGAAAUCUGAGAAUGGAGGUUCUGGAUCCCUCAGGGCAAAAUUUGAACUUUCAGAAGGACCCAGUAAACCAGCAACACUUGCAGUGCAAUUCAUAAGUGAAGGAAGCACUCUUUCAGGAGUAGAUGUAGAGCUGGUAGGCACUGGCUAUCGGCUUUCCCUCCUUAAGAAGAGAUUUGCCACUGGACGGUAUAUGGCAGACUGCUGAUGAACCUGUGAAAGUCGUGUCAUUAAAGGAGUACAAGAAACCCACUCUGCCCCUUCUACUUGUCAAACACUAUUUUCACAUGCAUUAUUUUUUUUUUAAAUAUUGACCUACUUUGAGGCCAAACCGCAGGACAGAAAAUGCACUUUCAAAAGUCAUUUUGAAGAGCUUGUAUUACUUUAUAAUAGCACUGAAGUUAACUUCAACACUGUCUGUAAAUGAUCAACUGCAAUAUUGGGGAAACUUUGUUAAAAUUUUGGUAAAUUUAUCUAGAAGUCAAAAUAGUAAUCAAUAGUUGUAAUGAAAGUAUGAAAUCGUAUGCUAUACUGUAAACAUUAAACAUAAAAAUGUAGGAGAGCAAGUAAGAAUAUUUGAGCUUUCCAUAAUACUCAUUUUUCAGAUUCCUUCAUUGCCAGUUUUUAAAGAAAAAGGGGCAAACUUUUAUGUAGUUCUUCUUGUGCCAUAAAAAUAUUUGAGUUAGAGAUGUAUAAAAAAUGUAACUUGAUGCCCAUGUAUCAUAUAUUAUUAACGUGUAUGUUGUUUUAUAUAGUGUUUUUUCUCCUAAGUGCAAUGUGUUACAAAAUUGCAAAAGACAGAAAAGAUUUACUUCUGCAGUUAGUGAAUUUUAUGGGUGUUGUGAUUGUUUGAAUUAAUGCUGUAGAUUUAAUUUAUUUUUAUAUGAAUUUCAUAACAUUUGUGCCUUUAAAAAAGCCUGUGCCUAUCCAAUUCGUUAUUCAUGUGCCUCACUUCCUCUUUCAAAGUUUGGCCAUUCGUGAAGAAAGUGUGGUGUUUGUAUAAUACAACUUCACAAAAAUUCUUUUGAUGGGGAUCUAAAAGGGAGAUCUGCAGAAGCUGGAGGUUGUUUUAAAGGAGAUUAAAAUAGUAGAUUACUCCCUCAUGGGGUAAUUGCAAUAAAUGCAUCCAUAGUAAAGGGAGGUGCAUCAUGCAGGACUUUGGAAUUUUGAUGUACUAACUUCAAUGUCACCAAAGAUGAGAAUCUUGAAAGGUGGUAACGAUGCUUUUAAAAGAAACCAGCGUUUCCCUUUACACUGACUGCAUUAAGUGCUUUUGGAAUGAUGUGAAUGUAAGCAGUACUUUGGGAGGAAUAUCAUUUAAGAAGGGGAUAUUAUGGCAGCAAGAUGACUGUACUGCCAUUUCUAUUAGUUUUACUUUUUCUCUGUAACUAGCAGUUUUAAUAUUUCUCUUCUGCUCUUCUUGCUGCAGCCUAAGAAAAGUGACACACUAGUAACAUUUUUUAAAACAAGUAACUAGUUUAGAAAAUCUUUUAUGUAUCUGUAUUAUCAAAUGAUUUUUUCAGUACAGAAAUCAAAAAGUACUGGAGCAAAGUAAUUUAAUAACCUUCAAGUGGGAAUUUUAUAUGACCAUUCUGAAUACUGAAUCUAUUUCAAAUUCUCUAUGAAGACAAUAAAACUUGCUUGAAUUAAUUCAUGCAAAACCAGUGGUGAAUCGGACUGCUGAAGCUUUACAAUACAUUAAGCUUUGGAGAGGCUACAUAAAAUCUGAUGUAUGGUAUACGUUUGGCAGAUGGGAUUGCCAUUAUUAGCUCUAAGGAUAUCUUGAACUUUACAUCUGAUUGGAAAAGUAUAUCUGGCUUUUAAUUUGCUGAUCUUAUUGAGUGGAGAAUUUCUAACGGAUAUGAAAUGGUACAGUCUUUUUACUGGAGUCUUAAUUGUAAUCUGCUUUGCAAUCAAACUAUGUUUAACAUGACAGUGUUUCAUUAAUGAAAACCCAAAACUGUAUAGCUGCUCUUAAUGAACUAUUGCUUCCAUUUCUGAGUUAAAUGAAGUAGCUACUUUUCAGCACUUUCAAACUAGUCCUCAUUCGGGUGAUUAUAGAUACAUUUGCAUUGGGUGCAGGUUACAAUUUUGAAGCCAUGCAAGCCUAUAUAGACUUUUUGUAAAGCAAUUCAAAAAGUGUAAAAAGUACAUGUAGCAAUCUGAUGGGGAAGAGAAAAAAAGCAUGUAGCAAGCUGGUUCUUGCUUGUGUAUACAGCCAUUUCCUUUGUAGCUGCCUCUGAAAAAAAAUUGAUUUGUAAACACAACUCUAAAGGAUCUGAGUUUUUAUGGAUUAUUACUACGUCAGACUGUAAAUUAGAGCACACAGGUUUAUCUUACAAAAAUUGUAAAUACUUCUGAUUUUUCAUAAAAUGUAAGUUUAAAAAAUGUUGCACCCAUAAUAAACAUGUAAUAUAUAAUUUAAAUACUGAUUUAUAUUGCUUAUGCUUUUGCAGUCAAUCCCACCGGGUUUCCGAGCGAUAAAAAAUAUGAUGAAACUGUGUCUGUACUAAAUGUUUGUCAAGUGUUAAUUGAUUUGUAAGUAAUACAUGGCUUUGUAGAAGUGAGCUAGCUUGUUGCUGCUGUCUCUUAAUAGAGCUACCAAGUGCUGCACAUUCCACAACUUCUCUAAUAAGCAUAUAUUUUGUCAACUGUGCAGUUCCACAAAACAGGAGGUUAUUUAAGUAAUACUGUUUCCAUGGUCUGGGAAUAGUUCUUCAGAGCUGCAAGGACAGAAAGAGAAGUUGGAGCUGAACAAACAUACGUUAGAAUCUGUUUCUUUCCCACCGGUCCCACAGUCUGUAUAGUAUAAUAAGUAAUGACUUAUUAAAUUGACUCUUUCAGCUGGCUGGAUAUCAUUUCAGUAAGUACCAUUCUUGUCACGCUGGAAAAUAAUGGUCCCAGGGUUUGAUCAUUAUCUUCUGCUGCAAGAUGGGAAUGAAGAAUGCAAGUGCCCUAUGGCCACUGCCCUGUGGCCUGAACAAAUUUCCACCUAGCUCAGGACUGUGUCUUCAGCAAAGGCAGAAUAGUGAACUGUGGCAAGGAGAACUUCAAAGUCUUUUGCUUUCUACUCACUCAGCGUCCGCAGCCAUUGGCUAGGGAAGUAAAAGGGUGCAGCUCUGCUCAGUCCUUCUAGUAGUCAUUUAACUCACUGCCCUGGCAUUUCUGUUAACAUUUGACUUGUUACUGUAAGCCAGUGCCCCGCUGCUACUCAGAACUGGAUUUAUACUGCCCAAGCAGGGUUCUCAUUAUCAAAGUGCUUUAUCAGGUAGUUUUUUGGGGGAUAAUGGACUACUUUUACAACUGCCAAAUAACAUUUAUGUAAAGUAUUUGAAGAAGAUAAAUUAUUUGAUAUUCAGUGGAACUGUGGGAGUUACAGUAUUGUGGGUUUUACCAUCUACUAGAAGAGAAGGUCUUGCAUCAUGCCUAAAAGCAUUACAUUUCAAGUUUCACGUUUGAGAAAUUUAAGAUGCAUAUCUUAAUAUCUGUGUACCUUUUGUUUUCUUGACAUUGCUAGAUAAUUGGUUUCCAUUUCAGUUGCCAUGAAAGGGCAGUUUUACUUUAGAGCACGUAAGAAAAAGUUCAAAUUCCUGCAAGGACAGAGUAAGCUAAAAACAGUUCAAGGAACUAAAGCAGCAAAUAGCACACUUACCACAGGGUGCUCUGGAUGGCACUGAUUUCCAGGACUCUCUGUUCUGUGAUUCUGUGAAAACCUGAUGUUUAUCUACAGCUGUGCAUACUAUUACACUACUCUGUAUUCCUUCUCAAUGCUGUUUAACCUCCAUGUUUCCUAAUAUGUUGAUUUCUAGGCUCUCCUUUAGUUAAUACCAGUAGAAAGCAUCCAGCCUGUAAAGAAUAAAGUAAUCUUAGAAACACAA